AUGAAUGUCUUGCUGUCGCCACAACCUCACCUCCUCCCUCAUCAGCACGACUCCGCCCGCCGCUCCCCUUCUCGCUCCGGCAGCCCCUUUCACAACAUGACCAGCACCCGCAAGAGGAAGGCCGACGAGGAUGGCGAUGAGAUGUCCAUGUCCCCCCGCAGCUCACCUGCAUUCUCCGCCCGACAACUCUCUCGCCCUUCGAAGAAGGUCCGGUCGAACGAACUUGUUGGUCGCCAGCUCAGCCUACCCAGACUGCUCGAGACUCUGGAUCCUACCCAACUGCGAACCGUCCUUGAGCGCAUCUGCGAGCGACAUCCGGAUAUCGGCCAGGAGGUUGUUGCCGGCGCUCCUCGACCCACGGUUGCUGCCGCGCAGGGCGUGCUGCAAGAAUAUGUGGCCAAGAUGAAGGAAGCCAUGCCCUACGGAGAGUCCAGUGCCGAAUACACAUACUAUCGAGUCAAGGCUCCCUUGACGGCCCUCAUCGAGGCUCUUCUCGACUUCACGCCCCAAUACCUUCCCCCCAUCGAGACGCAAACCACCGUGUCUCUUGAAUACCUCGACCUCGCCACCGACAUCAUCCACGGGCUGCCCGACUGGGAACUUCAACAAUAUCGACACCACAAGGACGCUGCCUACGAUGAGAUCUCCAAAGCCUGGGCGUUGGUAAUCAACGAGGCCGCCAAGCGCGGAGGAGGCCUCAACCUACACUCUGGCGGUUGGGAUCAGAAGCUGGCCAAGCACAAUGAGAUUUCUCACGGGCGGAUGGGCACUGCCAUGAAUGCCAUGGCUACCGGCGUAGGGUGGAUGGGCAAUGGCAACUCCAGCGGCGCUCCUUCGAACAAUGCCUCGGAUCCAAACUCGAUCCUGAACCAACUGAUGUCUGGCACGUACGGGGCGCCCGUCCGUGUAGGACCAUGGUAAAGGCAGACGACAAUGCAGCAUGACCAACUACAGCACAUUCCGACAGCUCACGACGAUUGAUGAAUUGGUUUUUUAUGUUUCGCCUGGCUUUUUUUUUUGUUUUUCCUUCUUCGCACAAGGCAUCGGCAAGGGCAUAGACACUCUGUUUUCAGGGGCAUUCACAGUCGGUUCACGGGACGGCGUUCAACUGUUUUUGCACGGAUGAUAUCCCCAUCUCAACUACUCACGAGUUGGCAAGCACGGGGGCCUGGGCCCCAGUCGCAGCUAGGAUCAGGCAUAUCAACAUUCCUUUCUCUAUGUAUGUAAUAACAAGCCGGUCGCCAUAUGCCUCCGCCUUGAGAAGAUCUCAAGCUGUAGAGAUUCUUCAAACGACCAUGCAGAUCCGCAAGUGAUACCGAG